AUGGGACUCGCAUCGCGCAUACCGAGCCUGGGGACUGCUGUUGCGUGCUGGGCUGUACUUUGGACGCUCAUUCUAAACGUCGUGCCCGCGGGUACUCGGCGUCGCAACAACAUCAUCACACUGAACGCGGCGCACGGCAUCGUGUCCUCGAUCUCUUCGACGAUCACGCUCUACUAUGGACUAGACACGACCGUCUCCGUGGCCGUCUCGCUCUCGUUCUUCCUCGUGGACCUAGCAGCUAUGGUUCAUUCAGACGGACUACGCAAUCUACUGUCGCUCCGACAAUCGCGACUCAUGGACUAUGGCCAUCACGUCUUCGGACUGUAUUGGGGCUUGGUGCUCUUUAUGAACGAAGCUACAGUGUGUGACGCAUCGUUUGGCAACCCGUACGUCUGGAUACAGACGAACGAGGUGAGCACGGGCUUUUACAACUGGUACCGCCUCACGGACAGCACGGUGGCAGGAGCCCUGUUCGCUAGCUCCUUCUUCUUGUCCCGUGUCGUGUUUAACACCGUCUACAUUAUCCCAAGAGUGACCCAGCAGUGUCAGCCCCUGUACGUGCUGGGCUGCUCGCCCUUCUUCCUACUGCAGUACGCUUGGUUCUACAUGAUUGCGCGUAAGCUGGUUCCGAGUGCCCAACGGGACCAGCAAGCAAAGGGCUCCACACCGAUCACAGGUAGGGAGAAAGAGACCAAGAAGGACGCAUAA